AUGAAUUCACGACAGCCCCAAUUCACGAACUUUUAUGACGACCGCGUAGGCGCUCAUCGGCACGUUCAGUCUUCCGACCACAUCCUGGAUCGCUUGGGCGGGCCAACGAUUCUGAUAACUGCCGCCGUGCUCCUGGUCGCAUUCGUAGCCAAAGUCUACAACCUAGAGCUGUCCCUGGACGCCAUCGUAUACUCUGCAUCGACCUACUUGUGGGACAUUACCGUCUUCAUAGUGCCAAAUCAACUAGUUGUUGCCCUGGAUCACUGGCUAAACCCUGGUUCAAUGAUCGAGUCCGCCCCAGUCACACAUGCCGCGAAGAGCGAGGCCAUGAGGAGGAUAAUGGGUCUGGACCGCUCAGGCGGUAUGAUGGAAUCCGUCUUUCAAGCUAGAAGCAGGGCUUUGUCUGUCACGGGAAGUGUUUUUGGAUUGAAGUUGGAUCCUGAGCGACCGGCGGGCCUGGGUAAUCGCGAUAACUCGUGCUAUCAGAACAGCAUUUUACAAGGACUUGCAUCUCUUCCCUCUUUUCCCGAGUACCUAUCAGCAUGUGUACGAGCUAUUGAUAUGCAAGGACCAACGAACGAUGUAGCGCAUACGCUGAGAUCUCUUAUCGCCGAUUUGAACGAUGCCACAAAUAAUGGAAGAACCAUCUGGACUCCUAGUUUGCUGAAAUCCAUGAGCACAUGGACUCAACAAGAUGCACAAGAGUAUUAUUCCAAGGUCCUCGACGAUAUUGACAGGAGCGUGGCGAAGGCCGUCAAAUCCAUGCGCCGGUAUUCCGGGCUGGAAGCAGAUUGCAUCAAGGACGAUUCGGCCACGAGUGAGCAUAGCGACGACAGCGGAUAUCAAAGCCUGUCGUCUACCCCAGACCUGGCGGCAAAGAAGACAUUGCGGAACCCACUGGAGGGUCUUCUGGCGCAGCGGGUAGCCUGUGUCCAGUGUGGUUACUCGGAGGGCUUAUCCAUGAUCCCGUUCAACUGUUUGACACUCAGUCUUGGCCUGGAUAAGAAUCAACACGACCUCUAUGAGAGACUUGAUUCCUACAGCCGAGUCGAAGCAAUCGAAGGUGUCGAGUGUCCCAAGUGCACCCUCCUCAAAGCCCAGAGGCUUCUCACGAAACUAUUGGACAAGUUCAAGGAGAGUGGCUCAACUUCUGAACAAAUGCAAGCACCUCUCCAGAGGCUUGAAGCUGUUGAGCUAGCUCUUGAGGAGGACCAUUUCGAUGACAAGACGGUUACUGAGAAGUGCAAGAUUUCGCCGCAAGGAAAGGUCAACACAACCAAGACGAAGCAAAUCGUCAUCGCCCGACCUCCCCAGAGCCUCGCAAUCCAUGUCAAUAGGUCUGUUUUCGAUCCACGAACUUUUGAUAUGAUCAAGAACUCAGCACCUGUUUCCUUCCCACUGACCCUGGAUCUUGGUCCGUGGUGUCUGGGUAGUGCAGAAGAUGUCGAGGAAAAGCGGGCUAGUAAGGCUAGUAGUGAUGACGGAUCGAGCGAGGAGCAGUGGCUCUUGGACCCCAAAGCAUCCAUGAUUGCCGGCGAUUUGAGUCCAUCCCGGUUGACAGGGCCCAUCUACGAAUUACGAGCGGCGGUGACACAUUACGGACGUCAUGAAAACGGCCACUAUAUAUGUUAUAGGAAGUAUCCUGACUCAGAGGUCCCAAAAGAGGAGGACCUGCCACCUCCUGUGCUUGAUGCUUCCAUUGAUGGAGAGGAGACAGAUGGAGCCUCGGAGGACGAAAAGAAGCCAUUCACACCGCCUCGUGGACAAAAUUCGGGCUGGUGGCGGCUGAGCGACCACAAUGUGAGCAAGGUCGACGAAGACGUGGUAAUGUCCCUCUCGCCAGGCGUCUUUAUGCUGUUUUACGAAUGCGUGGACCCUAGCAUGAUCCUGCAAAGCGAAGCGGAUAGCAUGGAAGAUGCUCAAGAAGCCUCGACACCAAACUCGGAAGGGUAUGAGACGUUGGACGAGGCUGAAGUCGAGCAAGAAGAUGAUGCCGGCGAGCCGGAAUUGUUACCCGAUGGGCCGAGUCUGUUGUCAGAGCAGCCAGCUAUUUCAAGUUCCGCAAGCGAUACAUCUGCCCCGGAGACCAUUGACACCACUACCGACACUAUAGACGCACCAACUAUUGUCACGUCUGCGCCAUCCAGUGUAUCCAACUGGACACAUGAGGAAGACGAGGUUCACAAGAGCAAGGCUGAGGACUGA